AUGGAGGGCUUAACACCGGUCAUGAAGGGUUCGAAUCGAUUCGAUCUACGGUGCCAUGACCGUCCUGGUAUUGUCUCCAUGUGUAAUGCUGGUCGACAUACCAAUGAAACUUAUUUCUUCAUAUGCUUGGACGAGAUUUCGUGGGCAGGUGACCAUUACGUCAUGGUCGGCCAAGUUGUGACUUGA